AUGUCCGCAUCUGCUAUAAAUAACGCUACAGCUGUCGCUUCGGACCCGCUACUUGCGGCCGAUGAAGAUAGUUUUGAAGAAUUCACUGCAGACGAAUGGAAUCCAGCCACUUCCAUGGCGGCCCCAAGCGAAGAGACGUUUUGGCAGAAGGACUGGGACGACGAAGAUGUUGAGGACGAUUUUUCGGCCAACUUACGGUUCGUUUAA